AUGAGCCAAGGAAAUACGUGCAAGACUUUUGAGGCGCCUCAAAAGUUGGGGGCUGUUGAAUCAGGCUUUGACUUUGCAGUCCUGCCAUUGGCAUCAACAGCUGGCCUCUGCCUACACGCACUCCCCUUCCCUUGCCCCCUCCUUCGCCCCCUCCUUCGCCCCCUCCCUCCUCCCCUUCCCCUCCCUUCCCUUGCUCACUCCCUCUCCCACUCCCACUCACUAGCUUUGUCUGCAGCAGUCAAGCCAUCAGCAUCAACAGCUGCCACGUCAGCACCACGUGCCAGCAGCAGACGCACCACCCCCUCAUGCCCUGCCCCUGCAGCGCGGUGCAGAGCGGUGGCGCCCCCUGCUCUCGUCCUUGCUCCCACUGACGCCCCAUGCUGCAGGGAGGAAGAACAGAUGGAGUGUUAG